AUGCCUUCUGACCAGUCCAAUAAGAACACAGGCAACUGGCGUACAACCAGAGAGAAUGUUAUUGAGACUAUUGGCGAACUGACUGGGGGAGCCUCUUCCUGGACCAAAGAGAAUAACGAACAUCUUCAGAAGAAAGAACGUGAAGCACAAGACGCGAAAAAGCAGAAAGAGUCCAGACAGCAACUGCCUGCGCCACUGUCCGCAUUGCCAUCGGCGGCGCGGGUGCUGUUCAGCGCCUUCAAGUACAAUCUAGGGUUCUGGCCGCCGGCGCUGGUCGCGCAGACGGGGAACUUGGUGUUCUAUCGCAAUCAUGAGUCCGGAGGCCAUUUCCCGGGACCGGAUAAUCCGGUGGCCUUGUUGGGCGACCUGAGGGAGAUUAGGAGUUAUUGGGAAUAA